CAUUCCAAACCAUCAUGGCAGACGUUUUCAAGCUUGACCUCGACACACCCACUUAUAAGGGAACCGUCUCUGUCAACACAGGACUCUUCAUCAAUGGCAAAUUUGUCGAUCCAGUCGAAAAGAACCCAAAAAUCGACGUUGUGAAUCCGGCUACGGGGAAGGUCAUUACAUCUGUAUCAGCUGGCUCGGCAAAAGACGUCGACGUCGCAGUCGAGGCUGCUCUCAAGGCAUACAAAACAUCUUGGGGUCUCAAAGUGCCAGGAACAGAACGAGGAAAACUAUUGAGCAAACUCGCCGACCUGAUCGAGAAAAACGCAGAUGAGUUCGCAGCGCUGGAGAGUUUGAACGUUGGGAAGCCUUUCACGGUGUCAAAAAAUCGAGACGUCCGCCUUACUAUCGCAGUUUUUCGAUAUUAUGCUGGAUGGGCCGAUAAGAUCCAUGGGAAGACGAUAGAGACGAAUGAAAAUAAAUUUGCGUAUACCAGACAUGAACCGUACGGAGUUGUGGGUCAAAUAGUUCCAUGGAACUUUCCGUUGAGUAUGGUAUCGUGGAAGCUCGCACCGGCACUCGCAACCGGCAAUGUUUGUGUGCUGAAGCCCUCGGAAAUUACUCCAUUGACCGCACAGAAACUAGCAGGUCUCGUUAAUGAGGCUGGUUUUCCUCCUGGAGUCGUGAACAUCAUUAAUGGACACGGCAGUACCGUAGGAGCAGCGAUCUCUUCUCACCUUAAGAUCGCCAAGGUCGCCUUCACGGGAAGUACCCUGACCGGUAGGAAGAUCCAGGAAGCAUCAGCGAAAUCGAAUUUGAAGGUUGUUUCGUUGGAGCUUGGUGGAAAAUCCCCCAACAUUAUCUUCGAAGACGCUGAUUUCGAACAGGCUGUCAAAUGGGCCACACUUGGUAUCUUCUCAAACUCGGGUCAGGUCUGUACCGCAGGCUCGCGAAUUUUCGUUCAAGAAUCCAUCUACGACAAGUUUGUGGAAGCGUUUAGGAAGGCUGCCGAGACGCGAACCACCCAAAUCGGGGAUCCGUUCGCCGAGGAGACACAACAUGGUCCUCAGGUGUCUCAGAUUCAGUUCGACCGUAUCAUGACCUACAUCGAUUCCGCAAAAACCGAGGGUGCCAAUAUCGUUAUUGGUGGGAACCGCCAUGGAGGGGAAGGAUUUUUCAUACAACCUACUGUUGUCGCGGAUUGCAAGCCUGAGAUGAAGAUCGUUCGAGAGGAGGUCUUUGGUCCUGUUGCUGCUGUGAUCAAGUUCAAGACCGAGGAAGAGGUCAUCGAGAUGGCCAAUGACACCUCGUAUGGAUUGGCUUCCGCUGUGUUUACGGAAAACAAUAGUAGGGCUAUUAGAGUUGCGCAUGCUCUGGAGGCUGGGAUGACUUCGAUCAACUGUUACAAUGUGAGUGAGAUUAACGUUCCAUUUGGAGGAUAUAAACAAUCGGGAGUUGGGAGAGAGCUGGGAGAGUAUGCUUUGGAAACUUACACCCAAGUGAAAGCGGUGCAUGUCAACUUGGGUCUCAGGCUUUGAUCUUUUUUAUCUUUCCAGUUUCCAUUGGAGCGAAAUCUACCGAUGUAUGUACUUGUAUUUUGAAGAGAGCAGAAUUGCACGAAAAAAUUCUGUGUAGAUCGCCGUGUCCCCUUUCAAAGGUCACGCCUAGGAACGCCAACAAAUGAAAGCGA